AAUAUAACAUGGUUGAUAUUGGCAAGUUUUGGCAUAGAGUUGGAGCAUUUCGGAGAAAGCAGUUGAGAAAAAAAAAACCAUGUAUAAGGAAUCUACUUUAUUAAUUGUGUUGGGCGCCAUUUUGGUGGGCACCUCAGGCCAGAUUAUUUACUCGGGACCAUGUCCAGAUAAUAUUCAAACCGUGGAUAGUUUGGAUAUACAAAAGUAUUUGGGUUCCUGGUAUGAAUAUGGCAAAUAUCCCGUGUAUUUUGAGAAUGAGGGUAAAUGUGUUAUGGCCAAAUACACCUUGAAUGCCGAUGGCUCGGUUAAGGUACAGAAUAGUUUGGUAAAUGAGAGGACAAAUAUCUAUGAAAACAUUAUUGGCUCAGCUUCGGUGGUUGCUCCGGGAAAAUUAUUCGUACAAUUCCCCGUAUCACCAUCCUAUAAUGUGUCGAGUAAUUAUUGGGUUUUGGAUACGGACUAUGACAACUAUGCCACCGUUUAUUCCUGUACCCCAUUGUCCAGUGAAUCACAUGCAACCAUUGUUUGGAUUUUAACCCGGGACCAAAUACCCAGUGCCACUGUCAUUGAUAAGGCAGCCAGUGCCUUGGUAAAGAACAAUAUCUCUCUCUUGCCUUUGAAGAUUACCAAUCAAAUUUCUUGUGGUGAUGUUAAAGAACAAAAGGACAUGUAAUUAGGAUGAAAUGUGUAAAAAGCCGGAUUCAAAAAUAAAAUUAAAUUCAAAAUUGAAAUUGUUAUUGAGGUUUCUGUAAAUAUGUAUUUAAAUUAUAUUACAUUAUUUAUUUACAAAUAUAUAAUGUGUGCUAAUUUUAA